GGUUUCUCCGCCCUUUCCCGCGUGAUGACGUCACCAUUCAUUAGCAUAUGACGCGCGAAGGAGGGAGAAGUGUCGGGAUGGGGAGGAGCGGAGCGGCCCUGCGGGUGGCGGUGGAGGGAAACAUCGCCGUGGGCAAAUCCACCUUCCUGAGGCUGCUGGGGGCCACCUUCCCCGAAUGGCACCUGGUGACCGAGCCCCUGGCACAGUGGCGGAAGGUGCCGGCCGGUGGCACAGCACAGUGCUUCCUUCGCAGGCAUCCGUGGGCUCCACCAACCUUCUCCAGAUGAUGUACCAGGAGCCAGCGCGAUGGUCCUACACCUUCCAGACCUUCUCCUGCCUCAGCCGGCUGAAGGCAAUGCUGGAGUCACCCCCUGAGGGGCUCCCCGGGACUCCCCACCCCGUGCGGGUCUUUGAGCGCUCCGUGUACAGCGACAGGUACGUCUUUGCCAAGAACCUCUUUGAGGCCGGGCACCUGCAGCCGCUGGAGUGGGCCAUUUACCAGGACUGGCACGGAUUCCUCCUGCGGCACCUGGGGCCCCGCGCCACCCUCCACGGCUUCCUCUACCUGCGCGCCACCCCACAGACCUGCCUGGAGCGGCUGCGGCGGCGGGCGAGGAGCGAGGAGGGUGGCGUCCAGCUGGGGUACCUGCAGCAGCUCCAUGCGCAGCACGAGCACUGGCUGGUGGAGAAGACCACAGAAGUCCACUUUGAGGACAUGAAGGACGCGCCUGUCCUGGUGUUGGAUGUGGAUAAGGACUUUGAGCACGACGCGGCCAGGCAGGGCGUCCUCAUGGCACAGGUGGAGGCUUUUGCGGCAGUGCUGCAAGCCGAGGCUUUGCCGUCGUGCCCUGACCCCCUCUGAACGCCAGCAUCUGUGCCCACCCGUGUCCGUGCCGAGCAGCAGAGCUGGGAAAGGGGUGUCACCACUGGGAGUUCCCGACACCAGGGACAAAGGGACAAGUCCUGCUCCCCACCUGCCCUUUUAUUUUGGGCUCAGGGCGUUUGAGGCGCUGACAGCGCGGGAUGGUUCCAAGGCGAAUAAUGGGAGGCGUUGAUGUGUGAGGGGUUUCGGGGCAGCGUGGGCACUCCCCGUGCCCCCAAGAUGCUCCCCAUGCCCCCAACGUGCUCCCCGUGCCCCCAAGAUGCUCCCCGUACCCCCAACACUCUCCCC